GGUAGAGGUAGAGGCAGAGGCAGAGGCAGGCAUCAGCAGAAGCAUUGAAGGCACCAGAGUAAGUGACGUGAUUGAAGUUUGUGGUGGGGCCGGAGGUGCCAGCGGAGGUGAUGGAGGUGCUGGCGAUAUGAGGAAAGAGAGGAAAGUCCUCUGGACGAGGAGAGCACAAGCGAACCGGCACGGCAUAGGAUUUAACAAGCUGGAGAAGGGUGGUCUAUGACGUCACGUUGCUAAAGCGACGCGGCAGCACUGAGCGUCUGCGUAAAUCCUACACUGGGUGUCUCUGGGCCGAGAGAUCAAUAGUGUAACCAGUAACCAGGUAGUCAGUGUGAAUUGCUUUCGAGCUCUCGACAACGCCAGUCCAGGAUACGAAUCCCCCGAGAUAGGACGUUUGCUAACUGACCAAGCGAGUAAUAUCGGAAGGCGCCAUGUCACCAUCGCCACGCCGUUCCGCCGUGAUUGCCUAGGAUUUUCAUUAUCUCCAGGCCGCCGCAAUGUGGCCUGGAGUACUACCUCUGGUAGUAUUACUGAUAUUCCUGGUGCAUCCGUCAAGAUGCUCACCGGGAAAGGUCAACUACCGGGAGAAGGAGAAGGAAGUCCUGGACGACAUUCUCGGGGAGAAAAAAUACGACGCUCGUAUUCGACCGAGUGGAGAGAAUGGAACAGAUGGCCCAACAAUUGUCGACGUCAACAUCUUUCUCCGAUCAAUCAGCAAAAUAGAUGAUUAUAAAAUGGAAUAUUCAGUACAAUUGACGUUUCGAGAACAAUGGCUGGAUGAACGGCUCAAGUUCAACGAUUUCGGAGGUCGAUUAAAAUAUUUAACGUUGACGGAAUCGACGCGAGUGUGGAUGCCGGAUCUUUUUUUUUCAAACGAAAAGGAAGGACAUUUUCACGAAAUCAUUAUGCCAAAUGUAUAUAUUCGAAUAUUUCCUCAUGGCUCGGUACUCUACAGUAUACGAAUAUCUUUGACUCUAUCGUGUCCGAUGAACUUGAAGCUCUAUCCACUAGAUCGGCAAACUUGCUCAUUAAGAAUGGCCAGUUAUGGUUGGACGACUGACGAUUUAGUAUUUGUUUGGAAAGAGGGCGAUCCCGUCCAGGUAGUGAAAAAUUUACACCUCCCACGAUUCACUCUGGAAAAAUAUCUCACUGACUAUUGUAACAGUAAAACAAAUACAGGCGAAUACAGUUGCCUAAAAGUGGAUUUACUUUUUAAACGUGAAUUCAGUUACUAUCUAAUACAAAUUUAUAUACCAUGUUGUAUGUUAGUUAUUGUCUCGUGGGUGUCUUUUUGGCUAGAUCAAAGCGCCGUACCAGCUCGAGUGUCACUUGGAGUGACAACAUUACUGACAAUGGCCACACAAACGUCUGGAAUAAACGCUUCACUGCCACCAGUCUCCUACACAAAGGCCAUCGACGUAUGGACAGGAGUAUGCCUGACCUUUGUAUUCGGUGCGCUGCUAGAGUUUGCACUGGUUAAUUAUGCCUCGCGGAGUGACAUGCACCGGGAGAACAUAAAAAAAAAAUACCGCACUGAAAUAGAGCACUCAUCAUCCGUCGAUCCAACGACCGAGCUCCUUGAACCCGACAGCUCCACCAAUUUCCAAAUGGUCGUGGCUGUCCAAGUUCCCGACGAGAUCCAAGCGCAUCGACGUCAUCUCACGGAUCACUUUCCCCCUCGUGUUCGCUCUGUUCAACCUCGCGUACUGGUCCACGUACCUGUUUCGGGAGGAAGCGGAGAACGAAUGAAUGGCAACAACAUCACAACAACAACACCGCCAUCAACCAACGAGGAAACGUUUGGAACAAGAGACGUGGCUCGCGGCCAUCUCUACCAUCAUUCUCACUCAUCAAGACACCAUCACCACUCGCGUUCACGCUCCCAUUCGCGCAAUACUAUCACGAGUAAUCAUUCUCACCAUGUCUAUCCGCACAUAAACAACAACCAUCAGCACCAUCAUCAGACCUACAGCAGACAGCGGCAGCACCGUCAUCGUCAUCAGCAGCCGCCGCAGUCGCCGACUUCGUCAACUCAAACAGAGGAGGGAGAGACGACUCACGGUUCGCCCGGAGUCCUGUCGAUAAAUUCCCGGAGGCCACCUUCUUCAAGAGGUUCCUCAUCGCCAGCUUCGUCGCGCAUGGAGACUCCAUCUCCGUCGACGUCCAUGCUCACCACCGCCGGGACUAAGACGAACCUGAACUCGUCAGCUGGAAACAGUUCUUCGAAAUUAUUCCGGAGAUUGUCACGACUGAACCGGGAAUCCUGCACCAACUACUUCAGAGAUCUCUCCACCUGUCAUACCCAAGGCAGCGCGAGAAUAGACGUUAUCUCACGCUUUGCUUUCCCCUUCAUGUUUGUCGUAUUCAACUUCGCUUACUGGUCCAUGUACCUCUUUCGGGAGGAAGACACUACUAAAAUGAAUUGAUGUGUGACUUUGAGUAAUGUACGUAAAUUUAUACUAAAAGAUAAAACGUUUAUUUGAAAAACAAAUGAGAUUUAACUGAUCAAGUUGAUAUGUAGUGGAUAGUUAAAGGUGUGAGAAAUGGGAAUUUAAUAAUAUCUAAUGUUGAUUACGCUCAGCAUGGUCAUUUCCAUAUAUAUAAUAUUUAAAUCAUCAUGAUAUCGUUCAUUAAAUUUAUAAGCAACUCAAUCUAUCAGUCAUUUAUCUUAAUACGAUAUACGAUUUUAAUAAAAAAUAAUCGAUAAUAAAUAAAUUUAAAAUCAAUAUUAAAAAAAUAAAUAUUAAAUGUACGAUGCUGAGUCGUGACCAAUAGAUUGCUCAACGAUAUUAUAAAAAAUAAAUAAAUUAAAAAUUUUAAUUACGGAGAAAAAAUAAAAUAAAUAAUUUAUUAAUUCCGGGAACAUUUCUCUGUAAGCACUAAAUAAUUUUGGGCGUGAACGACUAAAUCAUCAAGUGCGAAUGUUUUAGUAAAACAUAUUAUUAUUAUUUAUAAUUAUUAUUGUUAUUAUUAUAAUUAUAAUUAAUGAGGAGAGACCGCGCGCCACGAAGUGACAAAAGUAGUGGAUCUUGCAUAGCCACGGCCUUUUUAUGCCUUGGUGCAUCUAUAUUUAUAAGUAUUAUAUAUCUAUAAAUAUAUAUAUAAAUAUAAAUAUAUAUAAAUAAUAUAAAUAUAUCGAAAAAAAGUAAACUUGUUAUAAACAGUCAGUGAUUCCUUUAUAUUAAUAAAAUAAUGUGUGAAACUUUGUAGCCUUGUGAUUUAUUGUCUCGUUCUGUACAUUCUUUUCAAACGGCCCUCUUUUGGGCGCGUUUAUUAGCUAAUUGAUUAACUAAUGUUAACAUCAAACAUGCAAUUUGCAAAUUAUCCUAGCGGAUCCGAAUUACCAUAAAUUUACGUAAUUUACUGCAAAUUUGCCGCAUUUUCGGUUAUUUGCGGCAAAUUACAGCAGUAUAUGGCAAAUCAUGACUAAUAUUCGGUAAUUUACCGUAAAAAUACGAAAGUUUACCGUAGAAUAUGGCAAUUUAAAAUUUUUACCGUAACUGCAAAUUACUUUAGCGGAUCCGAAUCACCGUAAAUUUCCGUAUUUUACCAAAAAUUUGCAGUAGUUUACGGUAAUUUGCGGCAACUUACAAUGGAAUACGACAAAUUAGGGUAAAGAUGGGGUAAUUUACUGCAAAAAUACAAAAAUUUACCGUAGAAUAUGGCAAUUUAUAACGAUUUGUAACAUUUUUACCGCAGUACAGUGAAAUACUUCACUUUACGGUAAAAUUCUGUAAUUUUGUAGUAAAUCUGCCCGUUUGGGUGAAAUAGCGCAAUUUUGCCGCAAAUUUACGGCAAAUUACCCCAUCUUUACCGUAAAACCCGCAAUUUGCCAUGAUUACCGUAAUUUUCUACAAAUUUGUAGUAAAUUACGGCAAUUUGUGGUAACUUACAAUAGAAUACGACAAAUUGUGGUAAAGAUGGGGUAAUUUACUGCAAAAUUACAACAAUUUACCGUAGAAUAUGGCAAUUUAUAACGAUUUGUAACAUUUUUACCGCAGCACAGUGAAAUACUUCACUUUACGGUAAAAUUCUGUAAUUUUGUAGUAAAUCUGCCCGUUUAAGUGAAAUAUCACAGUGCCACCGCAAAUUUACGGUAAAUUAUCCGUACUUUUACCGUGAAAUACCGCAAUUUGCCAUGAAAUACCGUAAUUUACUACAAAUUUGUAGGAAACUACGGCAAUUUGCGGCAACUUACAAUAGAAUAUGACAAAUUGUGGUAAAUAUGGGGUAAAUUACUGCAAAAAUACAAAAAUUUACCGUAGAAUAUGGCAAUGUAUCACGAUUUGUAACAUUUUUACCGCAGCACAGUGAAAUACUUCACUUUACGGUAAAAUUCUGUAAUUUUGUAGUAAAUCUACCCGUUUGGGUGAAAUAGCGCAAUGUUGCCGCAAAUUUACGGUAAAUUAUCCGUACCUUUACCGUGAAAUACCGCAAUUUGCCAUGAAAUACCGUAAUUUACUACAAAUUUGUAGUAAUUACAGCGAUUUGCGGCAACUUACAAUGGAAUACGACAAAUUGUCGUAAAGAUGGGGUAAUUUACUGCAAAAAUACAAAAAUUUACCGUAGAAUAUGGCAAUUUAUCGCAAUUUGUAACAUUUUUACUUUAAUACAGUGAAACACUUCACUUUACGGUUAAAUUCCGUAUUUUUGUAGUAAAUCUGCCCGUUUAGGUGAAAUAGCGCAAUGUUGCCGCAAAUUUGCGGUAAAUUACCCGUACCUUUGCCGUGAAAUACCGUAAUUUACUGUAAUUCAAAUUCGUUAGGGAUAAAACACACAAUGACGAGUGUAAACGAGAUAGUUGCUCAGAGGCUGAAAGUUUCUUAUAGUAAAUCCGUAUGAUAAUUAUAUGAAUCAAAAAAAAAAAAAAAAUAAUAAAUAAAAAUAAAAAUAAAUACCAUAGUGUGUACCAAGUGAUACAUUUUCAUUUACAUGCUACUAUAAAGUAAGACAAUUAAAAAUAAGAUAAUAAAUAAAUCGACGAACGAAAAUCGGUGGAAAAAAAUAUUAUUACAAAAAAAAAAAAAAAAAAAAAAAAAUAAAGGGUAA